AUGGAUGGACAUGGAUGCAUCAAGCAGCAACCAACACCAUCAAUUACGCACCUGCUAUCCUUACCGUCCAUCCACCAGCUUGCCUCUCCCCACCUCUCUUCGCACCCGCAGCGCGUACACUCACACAUCUGCCUGCUAUAUCGAUUUAAAUCCUCCCCUCUUCCGCAACCGCUCGACGGCAGAGGGACUCCGCCGCCGCUAUCUGCGCCCCGCCACAUCUUUUUCGCAUACCUCCUCAGCAAGCCAACGAGAGCAUCGAUUGAGUGCCCAUUCAAGCCCAAGCCGCGUCUGCCCCGUCUACCAGCCCCCCCGUGGGCCUACAGCAUAGCUGCAAUCAUGAGCAUCGGCGGCAGUGACCUCGAUAGAGCCAUCACCCAACUCCGUGCCUGUCGCCCUAUACCCGAAAACCAAGUGCGGGAGCUAUGCUACAAAGCUCGCGAGCUGCUCAUAGAGGAGGGCAAUGUCGUGGGUGUGGAUGCGCCCGUGACGAUAUGUGGUGACAUACACGGUCAGUUCCAUGACCUCAUGGAGCUGUUCCGCGUCGGCGGUGACGUUCCCGAUACAAACUACCUUUUCAUGGGUGACUUUGUGGACCGCGGAUUCUAUUCGUUGGAAUCAUUUCUAUUACUCCUUUGCCUCAAAGUGCGCUAUCCCGACCGAAUAACGCUGAUCCGAGGGAACCACGAGUCGCGGCAAAUCACAACCGUAUACGGCUUCUACGAUGAAUGCUUGCGCAAAUAUGGCAGCGCCAACGUUUGGCGAUAUUGCUGCGAGGUGUUUGAUUAUCUCGCUCUCGGCGCCCUAGUCACCGGUGCAGCAACUUCACUCACCCCAACAGAUGGGCCCAUUGCCGAAAACACCCAAAGCAUGGACAUACCAGACGCCGACUGCGACAUCGAGAUAGAAACUCUGAACGCGAAUGGCGAGAUAAUGUAUCGCUACGCACGCAAUUCGGACGCCCACUCCAACGCCGCAUCUGCCACUAAUUCCAAUCCCGCCUCUUCAUCCCCCAUAGGCCCCACUCCUUCCAACACAGGUCCUGCCGGUACAGGCGCCACCUCAUCGGCCAACGGUUCAUCCAAGAAUGAAACUGGCGCCGUUCUCUGCGUGCACGGCGGUCUCUCUCCGCUCAUCGACUCGAUUGAUAAAAUCAGAUUACUAGACCGGAAGCAGGAAGUCCCCCACGAAGGCGCCAUGUGCGACCUCCUGUGGUCCGAUCCAGACGAGAUCGAUGGCUGGGGUCUUUCCCCCCGUGGAGCCGGAUUCCUUUUUGGUGCUGAUAUUGUAAAGCACUUCAACCAUCGGAAUGACCUCAGCCUCAUCGCACGUGCGCACCAACUUGUCAUGGAAGGCUUCAAAGAAAUGUUCGAAUCCACCAUCGUUACUGUCUGGUCGGCGCCCAAUUACUGCUACAGAUGUGGCAACGUCGCUGCCAUCCUCGAGCUGGGCGAGGACGGGUCUAAUGCGGGCUACGUGCGUCGCAGCAAUGGUGAGAGAGGUGGCGGAGGCGGAGGUCUGUAUGGCCCUGGGCCUACUGGCCGCGGAUGGGUGCUCGGAUCCAACGUUGGUCCCAACGGAAACGCGAUCGGCGAGAAUAGGAGACUGAGCUCGGUUCUGGGGGAUAGCAUUGGAAGACCUAGAGAUGGGCCCGGCAGGCGAUACAGAGUCUUCGAGGCUGCCCCGCAGGACUCGAGGGGUAUGCCCGCGAAGAAACCCGUCGCAGAAUAUUUCCUAUAG